AACGCGGCUGACCAUACAACUCGGAGAAAACAGGAUACAUUUCCAGCAUGGGGCGCAAAAAAGUGCUUGGGGCAAAUGAGGCACCGGAAGUAGCGGAGUCCACCCCGUUCUGCUACUACUGCGAUAGAGAGUUCGAUGACGUCAAGACUUUGGUCCAUCACCAACGCACCAAACAUUUCUGUUGUGGCGAGUGCGGACGAACGUUUGGCUCGGUGACCAGCCUGCGCGUGCACAUGUUGAAUUCCUACAAGAAAAGUUUGAAGGAGGUUCCGCAUGCCAUGUCAGGGCGAGAAAAUCCUGACGUUGUUGUGCAUGGCAUGGACGGCCUUCCACAAGACAUCUUGGAAGAAAGGAUACAAAAGUCCAAAGCUGAUGCGGAUGACAAGCGGGAGGAGGAGAAGGAGCGGUCCAAAGGCGCUCCCAAAGUCGAUCCCUCUAGCCCGGCUUCAAAGUCCCUUCCGCCAACAGCGAUGCCAAGCACCAGCCCAGAGCCUCAAUCUGGACAAAAGCAGGCUGCCUCGCCAGAGACAGGAAACAGGGCGGAUCUUCCUCUCGAACCUCCAACACCAAGCCAAAAGCUGGAGGAGAAUGUUGACGCAGCUGUAACCAGUCUUCCUCCAGCUUUGAAGCUUUUAGUCCCGGAGUUGCUGGAAGAGACGCCGCAGUGUGAAGGCUUACCUGAUGCCCUCGCAUCUUUGCAUUCAAUAGCUGUGCAGGCGUUAGCUUCCUUUGGCUUGCUGCAGCCUGGUAGCUAUGGAGCCAACAAGAUGGACGCUGCGUUGCAAGCUGCUGUUGCUGCAGUGAAGCAGCCAACAAAGCCAAGCCAAGCGCAGCCAGCGAUGCUGGAUGUGCCAAGCGCUGCUCUAGGUCCAACUGUGUCGUUGCCCGUGGGUUUUGCACCCGUGGCAGCCCAACCGACAACCCAGCCACUCCGUCCACUAGGUCCGGCACCGAUGGGCUGCUUUCCUGCACAGUUCCCCCCGAUGCAAGGUGGGCCAAUGGCAAUGUCCCUUGGACCUGGCAGACCUCCUUCAGCUGUGCCGAAUACCACUGGCCAAGCACGUCCACCAGGCUAUGUGCCAGGCCCCCAAACGAUGGCAUGUGGUUGCGCAGCGCAGCCCAUGCAGCUUCCCUUCGGUGUUCAGGCCAUGGGCAUGGGCAUGCCAGCUGUGGGAGGGAGGCAGAUAGGAGGCGCGCCGACCAUGCCACUGGGUGGAAUCGCACUGCCAACACAGCUGCCUAAUUCUGGCAUCGCUGGAAUGGAGCCAGCUGAAAAGCGGGCAAAAAUGGAUGUUGCAUAAGGGCAAUUGCCUCAAGAUGCUCCGAGCCUGACGAGAACUCUUCGGGCUUCAGAAAGAUAGGGAAAGCCUGCAAAAGA